AUGAGCGAACAAGACUUCGCUGUGUUUUAUGCUCAAAAGCUCGUAGGGGCCUCUGUCUUACGCCUCUCUCUUCCUCGACAGUACUUCAACCUUGCCAGUACAGUCAUUCUGUUCUACGAACAUGCCAUCACCAUUGGCGAAGAAUGGAAUUCCAUCUGGACUCAACGCUGGACCAUUUCCAAGGUUCUCUACAUCCUCAUGAAGUACACGGCGUUCGUCCAGGCUGCACUCAUCCUCUGGCAACUUGGAGUGGUCAACGAAGAUGGCAAAGCCUGCACCCUGUCAUUCAAAAUCAUGGGAUGGCUGUUCGUAAUCGGAACCGGGCUAGGAGAGAUGUUGCUGAGUAUCCGAACGUGGGCCGUGUGGAAGAAACCUCGGAUGAUGGGUUAUCUUCUGGCCCUCUUUUGGUGUGGUGUGUGGGGCGCUAUCUUCGCAAUCAUGGGCGUCUUCCUUAAAACUGUGCGGUUUGACCCCAAUCCCGACUCUCCUUUCCCUGGUUGCUACAUUAGCCACGGCGACCAAAUGGAACGAGUACUCCAUGCUGUCUUCACUGGUCGCGUUGUCCUAAACAUCCACCGCCAAAGUCGUAAGCGUGAAGAGCUAAGCUAUUCAAACGAUGGUGUUAUUCUCGUUCCGAUGACCACUACCACUAAUACUUUCACCGACUCACAAACAAAGGUCCCACGAGGAAUAUGAACUUGGCGGGCUCCUGGAAACCCGAAAGUAGCUUUAGGUCUCUAUGCUGUAAUCGUAAUAUACUCUCGUUUUUUUGGGUUCUAUGCGUAUAAUAAGUUCUAGAACAAAAGAGGACAGAAAGUUGAACGUUGAAACUCAAUCAGCCUCUCAACAUUCGAGCAACAAUCAAAUCCCCCUGUCUCCUGCGCAAGAUCUCUGCUAACCUCGCUGCCAUCUCAGUCUGGGACCCAGUUGUCACAAUAUCCCGAUUUUUGGCAGCG